GUAGAUGGAUAAUAGAUAUAGAUUUCCAGCCUAACACUCCAAUUCUUCUUUCUCCUCUCCUCUCCUCUCCUCUCGUCUCGUAAAAGGUUCCACAAAUGUCCACGACCUUAAUGGCGUCUUCAACCAUUCCUUCACCUGCGUCGUUCCGGCGAGCCACUCACUGUUCGCUACGUGCUUGCAAUAGUAUCAAACCUCCGAUGCCUCCGCUAAACCCUAAGGAUCCAUUUCUUUCUAAGCUCGCUUCUAUCGCCGCUACUUCACCGGAGAAGCUCCUCAAUCGCCCGCUUAACUCCGAUACUCCGCCCUACCUCGACCUCUUUGACUCUCCUACGCUUAUGGCUACUCCGGCCUCGGUGGAACGAUCUGUUUCAUACAAUGAACACAGGCCAAGGAGGCCGCCUCCAGAUUUACCAUCAUUGCUUCUCCAUGGAAGAAUAGUGUACCUUGGCAUGCCGUUGGUACCAGCGGUAACAGAACUCAUCAUUGCAGAACUAAUGUAUCUGCAAUGGAUGGAUCCCAAAGAGCCAAUAUAUCUUUAUAUAAAUUCCACUGGAACUACUCGUGAUGAUGGUGAAUCGGUUGGAAUGGAAACAGAGGGUUUUGCGAUUUAUGAUGCUAUGAUGCAAUUAAAAAAUGAGAUUCAUACAGUUGGCGUUGGAGCUGCUAUAGGUCAUGCAUGCCUGUUGCUUGCUGCAGGGACCAAGGGCAAAAGGUUUAUGAUGCCACACGCAAAAGCUAUGAUACAACAACCUCGUGUUCCAUCAUCUGGGUUAAUGACAGGCAGUGAUGUUCUCAUCCGUGCAAAGGAGGUAAUCGUUAACAAAGACACACUUGUUAGCCUCUUGGCAAAGCACACCGAAAAUCCCAUUGAAACUGUAACACAAGUGAUGAGAAGACCAUUUUAUAUGGAUUCAACUAAAGCUAAAGAGUUUGGUGUAAUUGACAAGAUACUUUGGCGAGGUCAGGAAAAGAUCAUGGCGGAUGCUGCACCACCUGAGGCAUGGGAUAAGAAUGCUGGCAUUAAAGCCGUCGAUGCUAUCUAGCAACAUGCAUAUGCUCUAGGUAUCUACUGUUCAAGUCAAAGAAUCGAAAAGGUUGAAGUGAUGGGGAGAGGGGACGAUUGAUAUAUUGUAUGUUCGACCCAAGAUUACGUCUAGGCAAGUCAAAGUUUGAAAUUCAAGUCAUUAAUGAUGAUUGAUAUUCUAGACACAUCAAAUCUAAGAAUUAGUUGCAUGUCUUUAAGUUGGACUACUCAACACUUCAAAUUAAAUACAUAUUCAUGAAGCUUAAAAAUUCAUUUUG